UGUCACAGCUGACAGGCUAUCGCCUUAAUAAAUGCGCUUCAUGAUAAAAUAGUGCGAAUUUCUUCUGCACGUAAUUUAUACAGUUUAUAUAUACCUACAGUUUUGUAUUCUACUAAAUAGAGCAGUUUCCGGUGCAUACAGGCACUACACGAUUAAACGUUUUUCUGUUUAUAAAUAUAAAUACGGCAGUCGUGUCUCUGAGGAGCGGAAGGAUUUUGCCCUGGACUACCCUCUGAACGAGGCGGGAUGCGAAACUUAGUUUCACUUUUAAUUUGUCAUUUCCGUAAUACUUUUCUGCGGCUUUGCCGUAACAUGAUGGCAUCAGCCGCGUCGUCUGCGUAUCAUGAAAUGUUUAAUUGCAACGUAUGUUUUUUUACAGUCCAGGAAGAGCCAGUGGCGCUACCCUGUGGGCAUAAAUUUUGCACGAACUGUAUGAAAAAAUCCUCGUCUGAGAGGGCCGAUUGUCGCUGUCCUCUGUGCCAGUGUGUCUUCGCUCCAGAGGCGCUUUCUAAAAACGCCCAACAGGUUGAAAUGGCAGAGCAGUGGACAGGAGUAGGAUCUGCUGCGACAGAACCCAUGGACGUGCCCUGCGAUGUGUGUAUUGGAGUAAAGCGCAAGGCGGCUCAGACCUGCGUGACUUGCCUGGCUUCCUUUUGUGAAACUCACAUUCAGCCGCACAAACAGUCGGAAGCUCUGAAGAGACACAGACUGGAGGAGCCGACUAGUAACCUACAGCAGAAACUUUGUCCGAAUCACAGAAUAAUGUUGCAGCUUUACUGCAGGACCGAUCAGAAGUGCGUCUGCUUGCUGUGUGUCGCCGUGAAACACAAGGAUCAUGAGCUGGUGGAGAUGGAGACCGAGAGGGCGGAGAAGCAGGCGCAGAUGGACGUGAAGCGAAAAGAAAUCGAGAGCUCAGUCUGGAAAAAACAAAGACAAGUGGCCUUGACUAUAGCAGCCAUAGAGGAGCUGAGGCGCUCUGCACAAAGAGAAAUACAGGAAUGUGAGAAGACCUUCACUUCUGUCUUCCAGUCCAUUCAGAGGCUGAGAUCAGAGGUGACUGUGCUGAUAAGAAAUUAUGAGCAGAGGGAAGUGAGAAAGGCUGAGGAGCUCAUUCAGCAGCUGGAGAAAGAGAUAGAGGAGCAGAAGAGGAACAUCUCCAGGAUGGCCGAGCUCUCACAGACUGAUGACCACAUCGACUUCCUUCAGAAGUUCUCAUCUGUACAAGAUCUUCCUAUAGAUGGAGACACACCAAGCAUCCCUACCAAAAGACGUUUGUUGCCUGGUUCUGUCAGAAUGGACAUAUGCAGUCUCCAGAAGUAUCUGAACACAAUCAGCAGCUUGGAGUUUGUGGAAAUGAGACAGACGGGGCUUGAUGAACCAAACUACGUCUUGCAGAGCCUAAUGGAGAGAAGUUUUCUUUUGAAAUACGCCUGUCCUCUAAGUCUGGACGCCAAUACUGUAAAUGGAAGCCUCCGCAUCUCUGAAGAGAACACGAUGGUGAAUUUUAACACUGUAAAAGCCCACUACCUAAUCCACCCUGACCGAUUUGAGCGAUGGCCCCAAGUCCUGUGCCGAGAGGCUCUGUUUGGCCGUCGCUACUACUGGGAGGUGAAGUGGAGCGGAGAACACGCUGAUAUUGGAGUUGCGUACAAUGGCAUUUGUAGGAAAAGCGGGGAUUCAAAAUGUCUCCUCGGAGGCAAUGACAAGUCCUGGAGUUUAGUCUGCUCUGGCUCUCGUUGUUCUGUACGGCACAACGGUUUGGAUACUGUAAUAUCUGCACCCAGCAGCCAAACAAUUGGAGUCUAUCUGGACUGGCAUGCCGGCACGUUGUCCUUUUAUAGCAUUUCAGAUACACCGACUCUUCUGUUUAGAUUUCAUACCACUUUCGCUCAGCCACUCUAUCCAGGAUUCAGAGUGACCGGUAGUGUGAAAAUCUGUCAGCUGAACUAGCUGGAAUAUUAAAUGCUGUCGUGUACUGUGGGAAUUGUGUCUCUCAUAUAAGGGGGCUACAUGGACCUAAGUGGGAGGAGAAUCAAUAAUGUCAGGAUAUUUAAAAUGUUAUCAAUGAGUGAAGGUGAAUGUUAUUUAGUACUCAAUGUAACAGUUAUUACAGCCUUUCCAAAAGUAUUGGAACAGCAAGGCCUUUUCUUUUGAUUUUGUUUUGAUGUCAGUUGCUCAGUACACCAGUGGUUUCUUUUUUUUCCAGAAUAUUCCAGGUGUUUGUAUUGACUAUAUACUCAGUGUUUGUGCAAUAUCUCUGAUUGCUUUUUCCCCUCACUUCUCCAGUUCAAAAUGGCUUGCUUGUCUUCCAUAGACAGCUCUUUGGUCAUCAUGUCGCUUUAUCCUUUCUAACAACAAAUGCAGUCUUCACAGGUGAAGCCCAAGGCUAAACCCAAGACAUACACAGAGCUAUUUAUUGUUUAAACAAUCAAAUCUAUACAGGGCACACUUGUGGAACUUGAUUGGUUUUGGUCACCUAAAAAAAUUGGGGUUUUGUUACAAAAAAUGUGCUACCUUCAUACACAUCUAGAUGUCAAUACCAGGAAAUAAAAGCUGAAAUUCUGAACUCUAGUCUCAUAUUUAUCUUUUGAUCUCAAAUCCAAAUAUCUUCAGUGUAGAGAAAUAAGAAAUGAAUCAGCCUUGCCAUUUCAAUAUUAUUGGAGGGUACUGUAUCUGAUUAAUAAAAAGGAAUAUCAUAUUCACAAUAAAAAGGAUUCCAAGGGUAUUCUAUAACCCAUAUAGUCAAGUCUGAUGUAACUAAAACUGCAGAAAGCAAUCAAUAUGCUUCAUCCACAUUGCUGUAUCCAGCUUUCUAAUAUUUCAAACCUAAAACUGUUUUCUGAUAAUUCAUAAUAUAACAAAAGUAAAUCAUUUGUA